CAUCACGUCGCUGUUUAACUUAGUAGUAAACAUGUUUUUAGGAAUACCGUGCUACUAACUCAGUAACUGGUAGUACAACAUUACGAGGUGGUCGAUGUCAUUGUGUAUUUUUAUUUUAAUAGUAGAUUAGCGACGUGUUCUGGUUCGGGAAGAUAAAUACUAUCAAGAUGUGGUGUGUAGGUUACCUUGUGAAUUAUUUACGGUACAUGGUGUAAAUUGAAAUCACGUGUACUGAUUACUGUGGCACUGGCAGUGGAAGAUUUCCUUUUUAGUAGUUUAAACAUUGUUUAAUUAACUAAACUUUAAACUUCAAUUGAAUUUGAACUUUGACUUGUAAGUUUUAGAGAGUACAUAAUUAAUAGAUUGUACUAGUGCUAUAUAUGUAGUGACUACUACUAGUACUAGAUGAAACUGUUGACAGUGUUGUUACUGUUACUAGUGUGAAUACUGUGUAACGAAGUGUGUUUGUGCACAUCGAGGUUCGACGUUGGCAUUAAAAGACAAACAUCGUUAUUUAGAAGUCAGACCGUACUUUGAAGUUUGUGAUAAUUAUUAUAGCAGGAAACACGCACACACACACAUUAGGUGUAUAGAGUACAACAACAGUUGAGAACAUUCUCUGAAAAUAUGCCGGUCGAAGGAGGGGAGACGAAUAAAGACAACAGACCUCCUGUUCAUCUUGGUCACAACUAUGUUGAAAGUGUAGCUACUUCACUGGUCCGAGAAUUUCUGGCUCGAAAGAGUUUGAGUUCAACCUUAGAAGUGAUGGACCAAGAACUACCUCGUGACUCUGAAAGUAUCUCCAAUCGUGCAGUUUUAAUUCAUGAGCUACAUCUUGAGAAACUUGUGUUUAAGAACAAGAGCUGUUCAUCAUCCUUCAGAACAUUGAUAGAACUCAUUACAAAAGAAUUGUUAGAGAAAGCCUUCAAGCAUAAAACUUCCUCUAAAAUAAUGGCUGAUAAGUUAUCUCCAUCUCAUUUAGUCAAUGGUUUUAACUCAAGAACUGUUAGUGUUGACACGGGAGAAAUAAAUGAUGUUCCAUUUGCAAAACCAAAGACUUCUAAGAAAGAAAAAGAGGUUGAUAGCAAGAAACCAAAUGGAAAUCAUGCAACAAGAGUUGAUGAUUGUGGCAAACAUAACUGUCUAGAUGAUAACAAAACAAGAAAUAUGUGGAGAAACCAUAAUGGGACUAUUUCUCGACUAGAUCAAACAGCAAGAGAGAGAUAUCAUUCUUCAGUUGUUGAUGUUUCAGUUGAAAAUGUCUUAAAUGACGAUGAUCCUAUUGAUAUUUAUGAUUGUGGCCAUUCCCGUGUUGAGGAAUGGUUAAGCAUCAGUAGUGGAAACAAUGUAGAUCACAAUCAGAUAGAUGUAGUUGAGACCGUUGUAAAACCAUCUACUCUUCCUCGUACAUCAGGACAAAAAGUUUUGUCAUCUUCAAAGAAAUUAGACUGUGGUCCUGUUGUUAGUAGCACUGACCAUAUGUUGUCGAAAAGGUUGUCAGGCAAUGAUAUUGGAAUACCACGACCACACCUGCUUCCAUCAUUUAAAUUGGACUCCCAAGAGGAAAUUGAAAUAAAACCUAUAGUUUCUUCUUCUUCUACUUUUGUUAAGUUUGAGCAACCAUCUGAAGAUCUCAUUCUUCACAAAUCUAAUAAAGAAAGACUAAGGAAACACAGAAUUCCUUCUACUUCAACUGAGCAUGAUAAGGUGAUUCAAGAGCUCAGACAGAGGGUGGGUGACUUAGAAGUGCAAGAUCUUAGUGACACAGAAAUGGAAGAAGUGUUUGUUGCUCCAGUCAGUACAGUAGUAAAAAAGUCACCACAUACCAGGACAUUUAGGUCGAUUACAUUAUCUGAAGCCAUGAACUUGAAAAAGAUUAUUUUAGGGUCUCCAUUCCGAAACUUUAACUUAGAGUGGCAGCACCAGAAUUUUACUUUUUGCAACUAUCAAGAUGUGAUGUAUGGACUCGUGCAAAAGAAGGGUGGUCCAUGUGGAGUUGUGGCUGCAGUUCAAGCUUAUGUUAUUCUUCAUCUAGUGUUUGGUGAUAAACCAUCAUGCUUAAAAGAUGGAAGAUUACGACCAAGCAGACGUGAGAGGAAUCGUGCAUUAGCCUUGGCCAUAGCUUCAAUAUUAUGGAAAGCUGGAGAAAAAAAAAGAGCUGUUGUUGCUGUAUUGUCAGGGAGAACAGUUUUAGAUACUUGUGGAAAACUGAAAACCGAUGGAAUUAUAGAGAAGCUACUACUGAAGAGUUUUGAUUAUUAUGAAGAUUUGGUAAACUACCUUUGUGGGCGAACAGAAGAUCUGCAGUCUGACAAUUCAAGUAGUUGUAUCACUUUCCUAUACUCUGCCAUUUUAUCCCGAGGCAUUGACAGAGUUCUGAAAGACAUGGAUGAUCCACACUCCACAUUAAUUGGAAGACAUGGGUAUUGUACACAGGAGAUGGUAAACUUGUUUCUUAUUGGAAAGGCUGUGUCCAAUGUUUUUGAUGGAAUGGUGGAACUGGGCACAGCUGAUAAGGAUAAAACAAUCCUUCAUGGGAUUCCAGAAACAAGUGACAUAGGUUUUCUCUCCCUGUUUGAACAUUAUCAGUCUUGUGAGGUAGGAUCUCACUACAAGAACCCUCUAAAUCCUAUCUGGAUUGUUCUCAGUGAAAGCCACUUUUCUGUACUUUUUGCCACUUACAAAGGGGCACUUUCGGUAGACUUGGAAGGUUUCCUCUUUGACUUGUUUUACUAUGAUGGACUGGCUAGACAGGAUGAAGAAAUUUGUUUAACAAUAGAUCCAAAGGGAAAUGUAGUUCACGAACCGGAUGAUGUGGACUUGGUGCCUCCAUUAGAACUAUGUAUACAAACCAGGUGGAAAGGAGCUGCUGUAGACUGGAACAACACAGAACCAAUCUUGUAACUAAGACCACCUAUUCGUGGGUCACAGAAUUACCAUUAAGAAUUCACAUUUCACAUUGUGUGGUUCAGAGUUGCUGUUGAGAAUUAAAUGUUGUCCAAUGUACUUAAUUAAUAUAUUCAAAAGCAAAUACUUUUUAACCCUCUAAUGACCUGCAUAUAAAAUUUUUAAAUUUAAGGUUCCCUUGGUGGUUCACAGUAAGUUGGAGAGUUUAUAAUGCUAAAAAAGUGGGUUUAGAUACCUGCAGUGAGAAAAGCACAGAUAGCUCAUUGUGUAACUUUGUGCUUAACAAAAACAAGUCAAAUCAAAAUUUAAGUAGAAGUAGUGAUUCUAAGUUUGAUUCAAUAACUUUUAACUCAAAAAUAUGUUAGAGGUGAUGUUUUAUCAUAUACAUUUAGUGUAAUUUGCAAAGAAAGAAAAAAGAGAUGUUCCAUUUCUAUGCAACAUUAAGGCAUUUAUCAAUUUUUUAUUUUUCUGCCCUUCCCAAAGUACAAGUUUAUAUUUGCUAAAAAAAUGAUCUUCACUUAAUACUAUAGUUAUCCAUUAUCUUUUUUUCUAACCUGAAUUUUCUUUCUCUGUUAGUGGUUUUACUACUAUAGCCCUUUAUUCCCACCAUUUUAUGAUGUCACAGAAUUAAAUGUGGUCUGAACAAUUUCUAAUGAAAUACGUCCUUAAAAAUAUCUAUAGGCAACACUUACAUAUGAUCGGAUAGAGCAGAUUAUAAAAUAUUUACACCAGUGUAGAGUAGAUGAAGUGGUUUUUUAAGAGUUAAUAGUUCCUUGAUAAAGUGACUAACUGGAGCUUCUGUAGAAGUUGAACAAGGGUGUUCAGUGGGAAGUUUAGAAGAAUUCAGAACAAACCACAGAUCUGGGAAUUUUCUACUUUUUUUUCUUUACAUUCUUGUUAUUUCUUAAAAUGGUUAAUUAUACCUCUAUGAAAGCUUCAGACAUUUUCUUCCGUGAGAAGAUAUCUGGUAAGCUAGUUAGGUUUAAUGAGUACAGUAGGCAAUGGCAAAGUAUUCUGAUGAUUCAAAUCCUUAUUUAUUAAAUAUUAUUGUUAGAUUUAUCAAAUUUGAACAACACACCCAAAUAAAAGAAUUUAUUAUUGAUUGAAAGAAACUAUUUAUUACAUAAAAAUUGAUCCCAACGAAGAAUAUUGUUAGCAAAAAUCAUGGUAUCUGACUUGACAAAAGUAAUGGUGAUACUAUUUUUGAAAAGUCAGAUCUUCAGUGAUGGAUAGGUUUUUGUCAGUAUUUGCCAUGUUUUUAUGAUUUAUAGCCUGAAGUGCUGAUGACUGCAAUUGACAAAGUAUAAAAAAUGUUAAUGAAUAUCAAUCAAGUUGAAACUGACUAGAUAUAUAAAGUGAAACCUCCUUAACAACAAUAUUAAAAAUUUAAAUUCUAAGAUAAAAGGAAGUAUUUGUGAUACUUUUCAAAAUAAUGCUUCACAAUAAAAUUUUAAUGAUAGUCAUGUUUAUUCAAAAUAUAAGAAUUGUUAAUUUCUAAAACUAGACACUAUUUAGAAAGAUUAUAAAAAAUAUCAUGCAAUAUGGUUAAGAAUUUCUUUGUGAGGAGGAAAACAAUCAAGGGUUAUCAGUGUCACCCCUCCAGUCCAGAAAAGUGGGGCACAUGUAGUUAACUUUAAUUACUAUAGGAUGUUCAAGUAGAAAUCAAUAAAAGUGUUUUAUUAUAACCAAAGAACAAUAAAAACAUUAUCGUUUUGUUAUGAAAAAUACAUGUACCAUAAAAAUUUGUAGUGAACCACUAUUUAAAGAAAAAAAUUAUGCUAACUAAUUCUACAACUCUUAACCUAAUUGCAAAACAUUAUUACACUCUAGAACUAAAAGUUCACAAUUUUUAGAAGGUAACAAGUUGUAAAUAAACUUGGCUGCGUCUGAAUAUUAGAUGUUGCAAACAUGUAUGUUUUCAUCUAGAUCAUUUUUAUAUUUUAUAUAUUUCCAUCACCUUUCACUAUUUAUUGUUUUUAAGAUGCAUUAGAGCAAUAGUAUCUUGUAUUUUUCUCUAUAUGUAACUUUAUUGAGAAGUAGGAUGUUUUGCUAAUUUUAAAUUUCAACUAUAGCAUGAACAGUUUUCAAAGCUUACUGAGUUUGAAUUUCAGUAUUCAGUCAAAAGGAUGAUGAUUGAACUUAAUUAAAAGUAAAGAAACUGUAAUCAUUGUGUGUUAUACUAAGGAAAGAUGAUACAGUUUUUAAUACAAAAAUUCUAAAUGGCAACAUUGCUUGUUGUACAGUAAUAUUUUUAUAAUGUACAGAUGGGUUUGUAACUAAACUAAUGAAAUGUGCAUGUAAAACUUUUGACUUAAACCAAUAGUUGCAGUAGUAUGUUGAGACUUUAUAGAGCGGCACUUCUCCAAAAUUAUGUGCACAAGAUACACUGAUGCCAGUCAGAUGGUUAGGUUCUACUAGCAUAAAGUUAGUUGCUUGUAGGGGUAAAAAAUACUCAGAACUUCUUACUUUCAUCCACCUUCAUGAAACAAAUUGGGGUGUAGAAUCUUGAAGACAAGAAGAGGAGAACAAAAAUUAAAGCACAAGAUUAAGAAUCUUCAAAUGGCUUGUAUGAAAGACAUAUAAUCUGUAGUAAAAGUGUGGUGUAGACGUAAAAAUACUAGUCUAAAGAUAUAGAGAAAAGAGUUUGAAUACAAAGAAAUAGAAUUUAUUUAAAAAAGACGUUAAGGCUUACUGUGCUUGGUUUAAUGUAAUAGAAGAAAAAAUAGAAUAAAGUAAUUGUAAUGGAACGAAUAAUCUAUAGAUUUAUAAAACGAUGGUACAUGUACUACAACAGUAGUGAAUAGGAAAAUUCUGAAGUACAAGAGAAAAUAUAGAACAAAAAGAGCAGUGGUGAUGAUUGAAAUGAAAACGUUAGUUGUCAAGUGUAAUCUUCAUGCCAAGUUGUAGCUAAGCAACUCGUGUACAACACAAUGGUAGAAGACUGAGUAGUAACCUUAAACAUAGAAGAACCUGACUAAAGGAUAUAAUAAGAUCCAGCUUGUAAAUAUAAUUGUUAAGAACUUGUGACCAAAAGUAAGCUAGCCAUAUAAAUCAGUAGUCUUCAAUUAGUUGGAAAAUUUUCAUAUCCUUAAUGAUAAUUAUGUAAAUGUGAAAAUCACUGCUUCUAACAAAAGCACUAAUCUGUCAAAAAAAAAAGACAUUACAUGUGCUGAAAUUAAAAAUCCAGUGAUAUCAUAAGAAAUGCAUUCCAAAAGUGACAGAAAUGUUAAAUCAAGCAUUUAAGUGGUAUAAGCAUAGGUACUUGCCCCAAGGAGACUACAGAAAAAUAUCUUGGAAGAUCAGAACCUACAACUAUAAACCUCAGAAAAUUUCAAAAGAUGGGAUCUUAACAGUGGGUCAGUUACAUGUAGUGUACAAGGACAUAAUGAAAUAAGAUAUUUUGCAGCAAGUUAUAAUGUGUCUGUAAUGAGUGAGGAAGGUUACAUGUAUCGAAAAUUAGCCAAUUAUAAGCAUAUUUGAGAAGGAAUUCUGUGUUUACAUGUAAAGCCAGAAGAAUGGAAUAAUUUGUUAUGUAUACAAUAUUGUAAUUUAUUUAUUAAUUAAAGUAAAUAUUUUUCUAAACAAAUAUAAACUUAAUAUAGACUUAAUAGGUAUAUCUUGUACUUAGACCAUUUUUAAGGUUUGGGGAAAUUGAGGGCUGUAGGUUUCUCACUGCUAUAAUAUAAUAAAGUUUAAAAAUUACAGAUAUGAAAAUGUUUGCACUACUUUAACAUGUUAAUCUUUCUUGUGCUAGGCUCAUCAUCUCAUUUUAACUUUAAAUUCUUUUUUCACAACUUCUUAUGUUUCCGAAAAUCUUGGGUAGCAAAAUAAUAAUAAAGUAUUUCCAUUAUCUACAUAAA